GAGGGAUCAAGGGACAAGCCAGAUCGGAAUUAAGACCCGAGGUGAAAGCGUCACUUCCAUCUCACAGAGAUCAAAAAUCGUGGGUCUCUACCUCGGAGAAGCAGGCCAUUCAAGCAACGAAGAUUACUUGGGCGGAAUUUAUGAGCGGAUCGAUUCUCGUCGAGUGUCAGCUUCGUUUCCAAGUGAAUUUCGAUUGGGACCUGUUCGAAAUCAUUCACGAGGCUGAACUGAUGGAACAAUUAGGUUUCAAAUUAACGCCGGUAGUGAAAGACGCUAGCAUUCAGAAAAAUCGGUUGAGGGACGAUCUCGAGAUGAUUGAGAAAGUAAUCAACCAGUACAACGAGAUGAUCGACAAAAUGGACAAAGCGGAUAUACAAUUGUUGAGGAAUACGUUGUUGGACGUCGAGAAGCAUAUUCAGCCUGGAGUGAUGCGUUUCAAUUGGAACUCUUUAAAUAUUUUUGACUACGCGCACAGCUGUGAGAAAUUGCUGAAGAAUCUGAGCUCGAUCGUGGAUCAGGUGAACCGUAUGAAGAACGAUCUUGACAACAGAAUAAAUAACGACCUGCAGAAUUUCAAUCUAUUUUCCCUUCCUCUGAACUACUACAAGGAAGAAGAAUUGCUGCCUUGCAAGACUUAUUUCCAAGAGAUACAAAAUCGGAGAAUCGAGCUAGUUGGCGCGAUGUCGACGAUAUAUCAGUCGACGAGUCCGGUGUUGAUAAAACUGGAAAGUCUAGUAUUGGGGACGCAUACUGGAAGAAGCUCGUCCAUGCAGUUGUUUUACGAGAAGUACGAGAAGAAAAUAUUUUCCGCCUUCAUAACAUGCAUGAUGAAGAACUUGGAGUGUUUCAAUAAAACUCUGAUGGACACUAAACCGAUUUUCCAAGUGGACGGUAUAUUAAUCGCUUCAGAAGCGGUUCUGAGGCCAUCGCCUGGUGAAAUUUACAACAUUAUCCUGCAAAACGUGAGGAAUUUGUUGGAGAAGUUGAAAACAUUCCCCAGAUGGAUGAAUGGGACUUGUUUGGAAUGCAAGCCGCAAAGAAAAAACGAUUACGAAACGUUCGCCACGGUCACAUUCUUCGAGGACGUCAUGAGCAUUCAGGUAGUGAAUGAUAAUAUACUAAUGGUUCAAAGGUCGGCGCAUAAAAUAGCGUUGGACGCUUGGAACUAUCUGUACAGGUGGAAGAAGUAUAGUAAUUUAUGGUCGUUCGACAAGAACCUGACUGGUGAAAAGUACGCCGCGACCGAACCAACUCUUCAUCAAUACGACGAAAAAUUCUGUUUCUACGACAAUAUUCUCCAAGAAAUAAACGAAAUGGCACUCCAUUACGAUGUCUACUCCGUACGCAUCAAUCUCAGUUUCCUGCUCUCUGGUAUCAAGCAACACGCCAAAGAAUGGAAGCAAGUCCUCGGUCAUUAUCUUCUGCAUCAAACUGUUCACGAAAUGAACGAUCUACGUUUGAUAAUCGAGGACUUCCGAAGCGAGGUCGAACUUGUCAUCACUGGUUUAGAUCGUUUCACAUCUGUCAUGCAAGCGAUCUCCGACAUAAAGAAAACAGCGAUUCAAGCAGAAUUUCGUUACACGACGUGUCAGGAGACCUUUCGAACAUUGCUCAGCCACGACAUAAGUUUUCCCGAGGAGGACGAGCAAAUGGCUUAUAAUUUGCAACGUGAUUGGGAGUCCCUGUAUCUGGGCGCUUUGUACAGGGCUUCGACUCUGGCAACCACUUCCGACAGAUUUUCCGACAUGACGCAAGAGCAGAUAAACGAAUUCGUGAAGGAACUCGAGCAAUUUGCAGCGGACUUCGAGGUCAACGGCCCUGGCAGCGUAGGGGAGGACCUCGAACAUGGACUGGUCAAAAUGGACGAAUACGGGAAACUGAUCACGAAAUACGAGGAACGACGUCUCAGUCUGAUCAAGUCCGAGAUACUGUUCGAUCUGCCAGCGACUGAUUACUCAAUCUUCCUGAAAAUCAAGAAAGACUACGAGGGGAUGCAGCUGCUGUUCAAUCUGUACAAGGAACAGAGGGGCAUGAGGGACGUGUGGGCGCAGACACUCUGGGUGAACCUGGAUCCUCAACAGCUGAUCGAUGGGAUGGAUCACUUUAUCAGAGAGUUUCGCAAACUGCCGCGAUUCGUGAAGGAACUGAGCGUUGGGCAGGCUUUGGACACGAACAUGAGCAGCUUCAAGAAUUCCGUGCCGCUGUUCAUCGAGUUGAAGAACGAAGCGAUGAGGGAGAGACACUGGAAGCAACUGAUGGAGAAAACUGGACGAUAUUUUGAUAUGGAUCCGGACAGGUUCACCCUGGAGAACAUGUUCGCCAUGGAGUUAGGAAAAUACCAAGAAAUAGCUCGAGAAAUCGUGAUGAAUGCGGUGAAAGAGCUCGCCAUAGAAAGGGGCUUGAAAGACUUGGCUGAAGUCUGGAAAACCAUGGAAUUCACCGUGGUGAAGCAUUACAAAGGUACCGAGGAUCGAGGAUUCAUUCUGGGACCGAUCGACGAGUUGAAUCAGAUCCUUGAGGACAACAUGAUGAACGUGAGCGGCAUGGCAGCCUCGCAGUUCAUCGGCCCUUUUCUCAGCGCCGUGCAAAAAUGGGAGGUCACGAUGCACACGAUAUCCGAGGUUCUCGAAUUAUGGAUGCAGCUACAGAAGAGAUGGCUGUACCUCGAGGGUAUCUUCGUGGGCGGUGACAUAAGAUUCCAAUUGCCAGACGAAGCGAAGAAGUUCGACGAAAUUGACAAGUCCUUUAAGAAAAUUAUGACGGAUACCUCGAAGAGGCUGAACGUUCUCAAGUGUUGCACGAUUAAAGGUCGACGAGAGGAGUUCGAAUCGAUGAUCCGUGCACUGGACAAGUGCCAGAAGUCGCUGACAGACUACUUGAACAGUAAACGAGCCGUUUUCCCGAGAUUCACUUUCCUGAGCGACGACGAGCUGCUGAACAUCCUUGGCAGCGGCGUGCCCGCCGCCAUUCAAGAACACGUGGCCAAGAUGUUCGAUAAUUUGGACAGAUUCCGGUUCGAAUUAAACGACACCGAACGCGUGAUUGCCGCAGCGUUGAUCUCGUGCGAGGAGGAGGCGAUGGAUUUCAGAAACGUGGUUCUGGCCGAGGGGAAGAUCGAGGAGUGGAUGGUGCUCGCUCUGGACGAGAUGAAGAGAUCGAACAGAUUCCUGACGAAGAAAGCUGUCUACAAUUAUGGGAAAAUCAGAAGACCUAGGACGAACUGGAUGCUAGACUUUCAAGGAAUGAUGAUCCUGGCGGCUGAUCAAAUAUGGUGGACAGCAGAGGUGGAGGACGUGUUCGUGAAAAUGUCUCAAGGGCAGAUGCGUGCUAUGAAAGACUAUCUGAAGCAACUGAACAGCCGAUUAAACGAGGUGGUGACGUUGAUGGGCAGUGACACGUUGACGAACAACGACAGAAAGAAAUUUGAUAUGGUGUUGACGCUUGACGUUCACAUGAAAGAUAUUGUGGAGGGUUUCGUCAGAGACAGUAUUAUGGAUCCUGCGGAAUUCGAGUGGGAAAGUCAAUUAAGGUUUUAUUGGGUCCACGAUCUGGAUAACCUCUGGAUACAGCAAUGCACGGGAACGUUCGAAUACGGCUACGAGUACAUGGGGCUCAAUGGGAGACUCGUUGUUACACCUUUGACUGACAGAAUAUACCUGACUAUUACGCAAGCUCUAUCAAUGCAUCUGGGUGGAGCUCCAGCAGGGCCAGCUGGAACCGGAAAGACAGAGACUACGAAAGACUUGGCAAAAGCGCUAGGAUUAUUGUGCAUCGUCACAAAUUGCGGCGAAGGGAUGGAUUACGUGGCGAUAGGGAAGACACUGGGUGGCCUUGCGCAGUGUGGAGUAUGGGGUUGCUUCGACGAAUUCAAUCGCAUCGAUGUUUCCGUGCUAUCCGUCAUUUCCACGCAGCUUCAAACAAUACGCGCCGCUCUGAUGGCGAAAGCGUCCAGAUUCUUGUUCGAAGGAUACGACAUAGUGCUGGACACGAAAGUGGGCAUAUUCAUCACGAUGAAUCCGGGAUACGCCGGCCGAACGGAACUGCCGGAAUCGGUGAAAGCCCUCUUCAGGCCAGUGGUGUGCAUAGUUCCGGAUAACGAGCUGAUUUGCCAGAUAAAGUUGUUUAGCUCCGGCUUCUUGACCGCCAAGGCUCUGGCCAAGAAGAUGACCGUCCUGUACAAAUUGGCAAGCGAACAACUGAGCAAGCAGAACCACUACGACUUCGGUUUGAGAGCACUCAAGUCCGUGCUCAAUAUGGCCGGCCAGCUGAAGAGAACUUCCGGCGACCUGGCCGAGGACGUGGUGCUCAUGAGGGCGCUCCGCGACAUGAAUUUACCGAAAUUUAUCUACGACGACGUCCCCUUGUUCCUUGGACUUAUCGCUGAUCUAUUCCCGGACCUCGACUGCCCGCGGGUUCAUUAUCCCGAUUUCAACGAGGCUGUUAAUCAAGUACUGCACGAGCAACGAUACACUGUUCUGUCUGUGCAGAUAGAUAAAGUGGUUCAACUGUACGAAGUAAUGAUGACUAGACACUCAACAAUGGUGAUUGGACCAACAGGAGGUGGAAAGACUGUCGUGAUUGAAACUCUUUGCAAAGCUCAGACUCGUCUUAACAAACCUACCAAACUCUACAUUUUGAAUCCAAAGGCAUGCACCGUGAACGAACUUUAUGGAGUGUUGGAUCCAACAACUCGCGACUGGACAGACGGUCUCCUGAGUAACAUUUUCAGGGAAGUGAACAGACCAUUAGACGCGAAUAAGGAUGAAAAGAAAUAUAUCUUGUUCGACGGUGACGUGGAUCCACAAUGGAUUGAGAACAUGAAUUCCGUGAUGGAUGAUAAUAAAUUAUUGACUCUGGCUAAUCAAGAAAGGAUCAAGAUGCAGAAUCACUGUAGUCUGCUGUUUGAGGUAGGUGACCUGCAGUAUGCUUCGCCAGCCACUGUGUCCAGAGCUGGCAUGGUGUACGUGGAUCCAAAGAACCUGGGCCAUCAGCCUUACAUGGACAAAUGGAUAGAGAGUAAAAACAAAUCGGACCAGGAGCCAUUGCGCGGAUUCUGCGAGAAAUACGUAAAUGGCGCGAUAGCGUUCAUUAUAGAAGGAAUGCUCGGAUUGCAGCAACUCAAACCGCUUAAGAUGAUCAUACCUCAAACGAGUCUCAACAUGGUAGUACAACUCUGUUACGUAUUCGACGGUCUCCUCGCCGUUCUGAAUUCUCAACUACCUCUUGUUACCAAACUCGAGGAAAACGAAGAAAUAAGGGCAGAGCCAUUAUUCGCCAGAGAGGAAGUUCUCGAGGCAAUGUAUAUUCAAGCUUGCUACUGGUCCUUGGGAGCGUCCUUAGCUAGCGAGCACAGGCCUAACUUCGACGAUUAUAUAAAGAGAACUUCUGGAUACAUGAUGGUGCAGGAUACUGCCGAGAAACGAGCUACUGUGCGGUACAUUCCCGUGACGGAAAAGUUACUAUACGAUUAUUUCUUGGACUUGGAGAAGAAUAUCUGGCUUCCAUGGAAAGUUCUGGUCUCUGAUUACGUUCACGACAGAGAGAAGAAUUUCUCCGACAUUUUGGUCCCUACUCUAGACACCCUGAGAACUACGUGGUUCGUUCAGAUGAUGAACGAACGAAAUCGGCCGGUUCUUUUAGUUGGCGAGACUGGCACCUCGAAAACCGCUAUAAUUCACGAGUUCCUCCGAAAUUUGAGCACCGAAAAAUACAAUCAGCUCUUGAUCAAUUUCUCAUCGAGAACAACCUCGAUGGACGUGCAAAGAAAUAUAGAGGCCGUUGUAGAGAAGAAAACGAGAGAAAUUUACGGGCCACCACCUGGUAAAAAGUUGUUACUUUUCAUCGACGACAUGAACAUGCCACUUGUGGACACUUAUGGUACCCAGCAACCCAUAGCGCUCCUCAAGUUCUUAUUCGAGAGGGGUGGAUUCUACGAUCGUGGAAAGGAUCUUUCUCUAAUGUACAUGAAAGAUAUGUGUUACUUGGCAGCAAUGGGAAAGCCUGGUGGAGGAAGAAACGAAGUAGAUCCAAGAUUCAUCUCCAUGUUCUCUGUCUAUAACGUUGUAUUCCCUGCAGACGAGACGCUGAAUUACAUUUACACAAGCAUACUGAAUGGACACCUGCAGAUAUUUUCGGAGGAGGUGCAGGCAAUUGCAGAAACCUUAGUGCAAGUUACCCUGAGCCUCUAUCAGAAAGUUACCGCAGAAUUAUUACCAACGCCGAAUAAAUUCCACUACGUCUUUAACAUGCGAGACCUGUCGAGAAUUACCGCUGGACUUCUUCAAACCCACCCUGAUUAUCUUCCGAGCGUGAAACAGAUCGUUAGACUUUGGAGGAACGAGUUCACCAGAAUCAUAUGCGAUCGUUUGAUCGACGAAGAAGAUGAGAAUGUCGUGUUUGGAUACAUGAAGGAGAAGAUUGGACAAACUUGGGCAGAACAGCGUGAAAUCGUAGAGUACGUGAUGAGAGACCCUCUGUUGUUCGGUGAUUUUAGGAACGCGAUGAAUGACGAUGAACCACGAUUUUACGAAGAUUUGUUGGAUUACGAGGCUGUCUACAGUUUGUUGUUGGAGAUUUACGAGGACUACAACGAGAGGAACGUGACGAAAUUGCACAUGGUCCUGUUCAACGACGCGCUCGAGCAUUUGACCAGGGUUCACCGGGCGCUCAGGAUGCACAGGGGUCACGUCCUGGUGAUCGGUAUCGGCGGAAGUGGGAAGAAAUCGGUGAUCAAAUUAGCGUCGUACGCGGCCGACUUCCGAAUUUUCGAGAUCGCUCUGACUCGUGGCUACGGCGAGGCUUCGUUCCGCGACGACAUGAGGACGCUUUACAACAAGGUCGGCGUGGAGAAUCGGAGGAUCGUGUUCCUAUUCACUGGCGCUCACGUCGUCGACGAAAGUUUCUUGGAACUGGUGAACAACAUGCUGAUGACUGGCGUCGUGCCGGCGUUGUUCAGCGACGAUGAUAAGGACGAAAUUGUCAACUCUUGCAGAAGUCAGGCUGCAGAAGCUGGUUUUGGUGUCACCAGAGAAAGUGUGUGGUCAUAUUUCGUGAAAACCAGCCUGCAAAAUUUACGAAUAGCACUGGCGAUGAGUCCGUCUGGGGAUUUAUUGAGAACAAGAUGUCGGAGUUAUCCUGGUCUGGUGAACAGUACCACCAUAGAUUGGAUGCUCCCUUGGCCCGAACAAGCUUUGGUCUCCGUGGCCAAUGUUACUCUUAGAGACGAUCCAAACGUGCCACAAGCUCACAGAGACACUCUGGUAGAGCACAUGGUGUUCGCUCAUAAAACUGUUUGCGACUACACAGUGGAAUUCCAGAAGAAACUACGAAGGAGGAACUACGUGACACCUAAACAUUAUCUAGACUUCAUAAACAAUUACCUGCAACUCCUGGUGGAGACGAAAAAUUACAUAAAUUCACAAUGUAAUCGACUUUCCGGAGGGCUGCAGAAGAUCGCGGAGGCGUCAGUGACUCUGAACGAGUUGAAUAAGAUUCUGGCGGUGCAACGGGUAAAAGUGGCUGAUCAAACGAGGAAUUGCGAGCAAUUAUUGGCCUCCAUAGGAGAAAGUACGGAUAUCGCGGUGGAGAAGAAACAGUUGAGCGAGCACGAGAGGCAGGCGAUAGAGGAACAAAGGAAGAUAAUCGACAAAGAGGAAACGGAAGCGAAACAGGCGUUGGCUGAGGCGCAACCUGCCCUGGAUUUGGCCAGAGAAGCCCUCGGGGAACUCGAUAAAGCAGACAUCACCGAAAUAAGAUCGUUCGCGACUCCACCGGAACCGGUGCAAAUUGUCUCAGAAUGCGUGGCAAUGCUGCGAGGUGUCAAGGACAUUUCCUGGAAAGGUGCAAAAGGAAUGAUGAGCGAUCCAGGAUUCUUACGGUCGCUGCAAGAAAUGAACUGCGACAAGAUCACGUUGAAAACGCAACAAGCAGUGAAAGCUCAUUUGAAGAAAACCACGAAGCUGGAUCAGAUGCAGUUCAUCAGCAAGGCUGGAUACGGAUUGUACAAAUUCGUAAUGGCUGUGUUGGACUAUUGUGCCGUUUUUAGAGAGGUGAAGCCAAAGAUCGAUCGCGUCAAGGAAUUGGAAGCUGAAUCGGAGCGAGCGCGAAAGGCGUUGGAACGAGAGGAGCGGGAAUUGCGACGGCUGGAAAAGACCAUUGCCGAGUUGAACGCGAAAUACGAGAGUGCCACGGCAGAGAGGCAGAAGCUGCAAGAGGAGACGGACUUGCUUCAGAGGCGUUUGAUAGCUGCCGACAAGUUAAUCAGCGGGCUGUCUUCUGAAAACGAACGAUGGAGGAAGGAGUUGGAGACGCUUCAGGGACAGAUGGAGAAAAUUAUUGGAAACUGUCUGCUCUCCGCGGGAUUUCUUGCGUACUGUGGCCCAUUCACUUACGAGUACAGGAACCGGAUGUUGUACGACGAUUGGUGGAACAGUAUGGUGCAAAAGGGGAUUCCAUUCACGGAUACGUUCAGGAUACAGACUGAGCUGAGCAACGAUGUUGAAAUUAGCACAUGGACGUCCGAGGGUCUACCACCAGACGAAUUGUCCGUGCAGAACGGUAUUCUGACGACAAGGGCCUCCCGAUUCCCAGUUUGCAUCGAUCCACAGCAACAAGCUCUGAAUUGGAUCAAAAGGAGAGAGCAGAAAAAGAAUCUAAAGAUCCUGUCGUUCGCUGACCCGGACUUCCUGAAGCAAGUGGAACUUGCAAUAAAAUAUGGACUGCCAGUUCUGUUUCAGGACGUCGACGACAUUGAUCCUGUCCUAGACAACGUCCUAUCGAAGAACGUGCAAAAUGUGGGAGGUAGAAUAUUCGUUCUGCUUGGCGAUAAGGAAGUGGAUUACGACCCGAGGUUCAGGAUGUACCUCACUACAAAGAUGUCGAAUCCUAUUUUCGACGCUGCUGUAUACUCUAAGGCUACUGUGAUCAAUUACAUGGUGACACUAGGGGGUCUGGAGGACCAACUGCUGUCGGUGGUCGUUCGGACGGAGAGGCCAGACGUCGAGGAACAACGCGAGAGCCUAAUCGCCGAGACCAGCGAGAACAAGAACCUGCUGCAGCAACUGGAGGACAGUUUGCUCCUCGAGAUCGCGACGAACGAGGGCAACAUGUUGGACAACAUCGAGCUGAUCGAAACUUUGGAGAGCACCAAGGCCAGCGCGGCGGAUGUGCAGAGGAAACUCUAUCUGGCCGAAGUUACAGCCGCUGACGUGAACAAGCUUCGCGACGGUUAUCGACCGGUGGCGAACAGGGGAGCGAUACUGUUCUUCGUUCUGGCGGACAUGUCCAUGGUGAACCCGAUGUACCAAUACUCCUUGAGCAGCUACGUGGAGGUGUUCGUCUACUCGCUGAAGAAAGCGAUCCCGGAUCCAACGUUGAGUCGCCGACUUAAGAACAUCAUCCCGAUGCUGACGAAGAACGUGUACGAUUACGGUUGCACCGGGAUUUUCGAGAGGCACAAGUUGCUGUUCUCGUUUCAAAUCUGCACGAAACUGGAGGAGAGCACGGGGAACGUGAGCCAACAGCAACUGGACUUCUUCGUCAAAGGGAGCGUCACGUUGGAGAAGGCGGCGAGAGUCAAUCCCACGGAAUGGUUACCGGCCACCGGAUGGACGGAUCUGUUGAAAUUGAGCAGCGAUUUUCCCGACGACUUUGGCAACGUUGCCGACGAGCUGAGCUCGCACGCGGCUGAGUGGCAAGCUUGGUACGACAUGGAUGCUCCAGAGUCUGCAGAUUUUCCUCUAGAUUACUCCACCAAGUUGACACCGUUCGAGAAACUCAUGUUAAUACGCUGUUUCCGCGUCGACCGAGUUUAUCGAAGUGUCGUUAAUUACAUCACCGAGAUUAUGGGAGAAGAGUACAUCACUCCCCCUCACGUUAGUUUCGAAUUAAUCUUCGAGAAAAGUACGCCUACGAUGCCUGUUAUUUUCAUCCUAAGUCCUGGAUCUGAUCCAUCGUCGGAAUUAAUGAAGCUGGCAGACAAAUACGGGUGUGGGGGAGGAAAAUUUAAAUAUUUGUCGCUUGGACAGGGCCAAGAGAAGACUGCGAUAGAGCUAUUAGAGACUGCGGUGUCCAGAGGGCAAUGGCUAAUGUACCAAAACUGUCAUUUGCUAUUAAGUUUCACCAGAGUUCUAGAGAAACUACUGGAGGACGUUGGGAAGCCUCACCCGGAUUUCCGGUUGUGGCUCACCACUGAUCCAACCCCCACAUUUCCUAUUGGAAUAUUGCAACAGUCUUUGAAAGUGGUCACCGAGCCACCCAGUGGACUGAAAUUAAAUCUCGAAAGUACCUAUCUGAAGAUCAAGCCCCAGAUGCUCGAGAGUUGCGCGCAUCCUGCUUACAAACAUUUAGUUUACGUAUUAGCUUUCUAUCACGCGGUCGUUCAAGAGAGAAGGAGGUACGACAAAAUUGGCUGGAAUAUAAAUUACGAUUUCAACGAGUCGGACUUCAAUGUUUGCAUAACUAUUUUAGACACUUAUUUGACUAAGGCGGUUGUAGCAAAAGAUCCCAGGCUCCCUUGGAACAGCUUGAAAUAUUUGAUAGGGGAAGUAAUGUACGGUGGCCGAGUGAUAGACAGCUACGAUCGUCGGGUAUCCGAAACCUACAUGGACGAAUACUUCGGAGAUUUCCUAUUCGACAGCUUUCAACCCUACCAUUUUUAUCGCGGCAAGGAAGUCGAUUACGUGAUACCACCGGAAGGGGAACUGGAAGAUUAUCGAAAGUUCAUCGAGGGACUACCACUGGUGAACACUCCAGAGGUCUUUGGACUCCAUCCAAAUGCCGAAAUUGGCUACUUCACUCAGGCUGCGAAGGAAAUGUGGAGCAAUCUCAUAGAACUGCAACCGCAAACUGAAGUCGAUGGCACUGGGAUAAGCAAAGACGAAUUUAUCGACAACAUCGCGAAGGACAUACUUGAUAAAGUUCCUGUCGAGUACAAUCUCGUUAAAAUCAGAAAACACUUCGGCCCGAUGAUAACACCAACCACGAUCGUUCUUUUCCAAGAAUUGGAAAGGUUUAACAAGCUGAUUAGGGCGAUGAAAAUUUCCUUAACGAAAUUGAGAAAGGCUAUCGCUGGCGAAAUCGGAAUGGACGCGACUCUCGAAAAUAUAUCCGCAGCGUUAUACAAUGGCCAAUUACCAGAAGAAUGGGCCAGACUAGCGCCAGACACAAGAAAGACUUUGGGUGGAUGGAUAGAACAUUUCGAGAAGAGAAUACAACAGUACAAUAGUUGGUCCAUGACGAGCGAACCCAUAGUUCUCUGGUUAGCUGGAUUGCACAUCCCAGAAACUUAUCUAGCAGCCCUCGUGCAAAUGGCUUGUCGAAGAAAUAGUUGGUCUUUGGAUCGUUCUGUCAUGUACACAGCAGUAUCGAGAUACACCAGACCUGAGCAUAUAGAGGAAAGACCCGACGAGGGUUGUUACGUGAGUGGAUUAUAUUUGGAAGGAGCCAGAUGGGAUUUAGAAGAGCAAUGUCUCAAGAGAUCACAUCCAAAAAUCCUGAUAGAGGAAUUACCAGUGCUCAUUAUCAUUCCGGUGGAAGCUCAUAGACUUAGGCUUCAGAACACUUUUAGAACACCAGUGUACACUACUUCAAAUCGAAGAAACGCUAUGGGGGUAGGUUUGGUUUUCGAGGCGAACCUCGCUACAGAAGAACAUAUUUCUCAUUGGGUAUUGCAAGGAGUUUGUUUAGUAUUAAACACUGAUUAAAUAAUGUUAUUUAAUUAUAAGAUAACAAUAAUGGUAAUUAUUUUAUAAAGAAAGAAAUAUACAAAAACGUCUCAUGUACAGUAUAUUAGGUAUAUUAAAAAAAGUGUUUGCAAAAGUAUCUAUAUGUUAUGCAAGAUGAUUCGUGUAACUUGCAUAACUGAAGUAACUUUUAAAUUGUGCUAAAAUGUCUAACGAAAAAUUGCUUAAUGCAAAAGUUGUAUGAUUUUAAGAAAGGCAAAAUAUGAUGUAUCAAUCUUUUCGAUGAGUUUCAGAAUUUCCAAAGUCAUCUUUAUUUUUUUUUUAAUCAGACCAUAUAUUCCUUUUUAUCAUAAAUGAAUAUUAAAUUCCAAGUAAAAAAGUAUUAAGCCACGUUGAUCCUAAACCUAAUGGUUAAAGAGAUAUUUUACGAUAAUUUGUCUCUUACAUAUUAAAAUAUAUCAAAUUCGAAAUCAUUUCACUGGUAUUUGAAAUGAAACUGAGUAAAGUCAAAAUCCACGUUAUAUCAAAAAAUAUUUAUCA